GGCUUCGAGACGCGGCAGGAUGCGGGGGGCCACGGGGCGGCUGGAGGGCGGCCUGGAAGCCCUGCGUGCUGGCCCCGAGCCGGGGUGUCGAGCGAGGCGCGUGGAGGAAGAGGCGCAAAGAGCGAGGCGCGCGUCCCUAGCAGGUGAGAGGCGGGAGGCCUCAAGUGGGAACGUACCUGCGGCCGAGGGCACCGGGGAACCCGAGACAUACCCCCCCGCCCGGGUCAGGACCUCUGCCUGCAUCGCCGAGGCGGUCUCCACCAUCCCAGCCCCGGCAGCUUCGCUGGGCGAGGCCAGGCUUCUCCCUUCUGCUCCCGGAGACCCCCCCCGGGGCGCGGACCUGGAGGCCUUGAAGCGCCUGGAGCCGUCCCGUUCGCCUCCUUCUGAGCAAGCAGAGAGCGGUCCAGGCCGGGAACAGGGCUGCGCAGAGGUCAGGCGGCCGCGCGCCCGGCCGGAGCCUGCCCUGGGGGUCCCGGGGAUGCCCCGGGAGGUGGGUACCCAGACCCGAGCGCGCACGAGCGCAGGUGUGGGGAGGGCGCGGCGGCUCCCGGCCAGUCCUAGGGGCCUGCGGGACCCAAGGGCGCGCGGGCGGGGCCGGGAGCGCGGCGAGGCCGGGCGGGGGCGGGGCCGCGCCGGGGGAAGCCGCCCGCCCGCGGGGCCGCCUGCACCGCGAGGGUUAAGGCCAGGAGCCCGGCGGGGCGGGGCGGUGCGCGCGCGCGGAUUGGGGAAAAGUUUGGCGGCGGGGCGGGGCGCGGGGCGGGCCGACGCGCGCGGAUUGGCCGGAAGUUGUGCCGGGGGCGGGGCGCGCGGCGGGCUCGGCGCUCGCUCCGGGAGAGUUGACAAAGCCCCGCAGGGAAGGACGCCUCGCGGCGCGGCGCCCCGGGCCCCUCGCCCCGCCGCCCCGGGACCCCGGCCCCGGCCUCCGGCCCGCGGACUCGCCCCCCGCCGCCCGCCCGGCCCGAGACCCCGCGCCCCGAGCGCCAGAGCCCGGACCCCGACCCGGCCGGAGCCGCCCUCGCCCAGGUCCGGACAGGCCGAGAUGACGCCGAGCCCCGCGUUGCUGCUCCUGCUGCCGCCGCUGCUGCUGGGGGCCCUCCCGCUGGCCGCCGCCGCCCGAGGCCCCCCGAGGAUGGCGGACAAGGUGGUCCCGCAGCAGGUGGCCCGACUGGGCCGAACCGUGCGGCUGCAGUGCCCGGUGGAGGGAGACCCGCCGCCGCUGACCAUGUGGACCAAGGACGACCGCACCAUCCACAGUGGCUGGAGCCGCUUCCGUGUGCUGCCCCAGGGGCUGAAGGUGAAGCAGGUGGAGCGGGAGGACGCCGGCGUGUACGUGUGCAAGGCCACCAAUGGCUUCGGCAGCCUGAGCGUCAACUACACGCUCACUGUGCUGGAUGAUGCUCGCCCAGGGAAGGAGAGCCUGGGGCCUGACGGCUCCUCUGGGGGCCAAGAGGACCCCGCCAGCCAGCAGUGGGCACGGCCCCGCUUCACGCAGCCCUCCAAGAUGAGGCGCCGGGUGAUCGCACGGCCUGUGGGCAGCUCUCUGCGGCUCAAGUGCGUGGCCAGUGGGCACCCUCGGCCCGAUAUCACGUGGAUGAAGGAUGACCAGGCCUUGGCGCGCCCAGAGGCCAGCGAGCCCAGGAAGAAGAAGUGGACGCUGAGCCUGAAGAACCUGCGGCCGGAGGACAGCGGCAAAUACACCUGCCGAGUGUCAAACCGCGUGGGCGCCAUCAACGCCACCUACAAGGUGGAUGUGAUCCAGCGGACCCGCUCCAAGCCCGUGCUCGCCGGCACGCACCCUGUGAACACGACGGUGGACUUUGGGGGGACCACGUCCUUACAGUGCAAGGUGCGCAGUGAUGUGAAGCCCGUGAUCCAGUGGCUGAAGCGGGUGGAGUACGGUGCCGAGGGCCGCCACAACUCUACCAUCGACGUGGGCGGUCAGAAGUUUGUGGUGCUGCCCGCGGCUGACGUGUGGUCGAGGCCUGAUGGCUCCUACCUCAACAAGCUGCUCAUUUCCCGCGCACGCCCAGAUGAUGCGGGCAUGUACAUCUGCCUCGGCGCCAACACCAUGGGCUACAGCUUCCGCAGCGCCUUCCUCACUGUUCUGCCAGACCCAAAACCACCAGGGCCACCUGUGGCCUCCUCGUCCUCAGCCACUAGCCUCCCGUGGCCUGUGGUCAUCGGCAUCCCGGCCGGCGCCGUCUUCAUCCUGGGCACCGUGGUCCUGUGGCUCUGCCAGGCCAAGAAGAAGCCGUGCACGCCUGCUCCUGCGCCUCCCGUGCCGGGGCACCGCCCACUGGGGAUGGCCCGUGACCGUGGUGGGGACAAAGACCUUCCCGUGUUGGCUGCCCUCGGUGCUGGCCCUGGUGUGGGGCUGUGUGAGGAGCAUGGGUCUCUGGCAGCCCCCCAGCACCUGCUGGGCCCAGGCCUGGUUGCUGGCCCUAAAUUGUACCCCAAACUCUACACGGACAUCCACACGCACACACACACACACUCACACACACACUCACAUGUGGAGGGCAAGGUCCACCAGCACAUCCACUAUCAGUGCUAGAUGGUGCCGCCUCUGUGGUGGGCACAUGGCACCGGCCAGACAGGCAGGCUGGGAGGAUGGAGGACGGGGCAGCAGACAAAGAGGGGGAACCCACGGCGAGAAGGCAUGGCCAGCAACCUGGGGCACCCAGUGUAAAGCAUAGCCCCUGGACACACACAGACACAGACAAGCUGCCUAGACAUCUGUAUACACACGUGCACACACGGAGACAUGCCUAAACCACACUCAGAAAUAUGCUGCCCUAACACACAUGCACACAGACAUGCCCGAACACAUGCGCACACAGAUAUGCCUGAACAUACACAGAGAUAUGCCUAAACACAUACAGACAUGCCUGAACACGCACACAUGACAUGCCCGAACAUGCACACACAUAGACAUUCCUGAACACACAGACAUGCCCGAACACAUGCAUGCACACAGACAUGCCUGAACACACCCAGACAUGCCUGAACACACACAUGCACACAGAUAUGCCUGACCACACACAGACAUGCCUGAACACACGCAGACAUGCCCGAACACACACAUGCACACAGAUAUGCCUGAACACACAUAGACAUGCCUGAACACAGAGACAUGCCUGAACACACACAUGCACACAGAUAUGCCUGAACACACACAGACAUGCCUGAACACAUGCAGACAUGCCUGAACACGCAUGCACACACAUGCCUGAACACAGACAUGCCCGAACACACCCAGACAUGCCUGAACGCACACAUGCACACAGAUAUGCCUGAACACACAAACAUGCCUGAACACACACAGACGUGCCUGAACACAUGCAGACAUGCCCGAACACACACACACAGAACUACCUGAGCACACAGACAUGCCUGAACACACACAUGCCCGAACACAUGCAGACAUGCCCGAACACACACAGACAUGCCUGAACACACACAGACAUGCCCGAACACACGCAUGCACACAGACAUGCCUGAACACACACAUGCACACAGAUAUGCCUGAACACACAAACAUGCCUGAACACACACAGACGUGCCCGAACACAUGCAGACAUGCCCGAACACACACACACAGAACUACCUGAGCACACAGACAUGCCUGAACACACACAUGCCCGAACACAUGCAGACAUGCCCGAACACGCACACACAUAGACAUGCCUGAACACACACAGAAAUGCCCAAACACACACACACAGACAUGUCUAAACGUGCAGACAUAUCUGAACACAGACAAGCCUGAACAUGCACACACAGACAUACCCAAACAGGCACAGACAUGCCCGAACACACACAAACAUGCACACACACAGACAUGCCUGAACAUGCAGAGACAUACUCGAACACACAGGGACAUGUCUGAACAUACAUGCCUGAACACACACACGGACAUGCCCAGACGCGUGCACAUUCAGACAUGCCAGAACAUGUAUGGACAUGCCUGAACACACACUGCUUGGACAUAGGCACACAAAGACGCACUCCCUGAACACAUAUGCACCCACACACCUGCAGCUAUGCGGCCUGGACACACACAUGGACUGGGCCGCCGUCAGGGAGGCGUGCGGUGUGUGUGCAGUGAGCGCUACAUGAUGAAGGACUCUCCCUGCCCCACUGUCACUCCCCCACCCCUGCCUGCCUGUGCCUCUGCCUGGCCUUGGUGGCUAUUUUUGCCACCUGCCCUGGGGUGUCCAGGAGUCCCCUACUGCCAUGGCUGGGGGCACAGUAGCCCCAGGCCUGACAGGCUGAAGCCCAUGGCAGGUGGCUCACCCCUACCACAUUCUCCCCCUGCCAGGGAGAAGGGGCCUUGGUAUUUAUAUUUAAGAAAUGAAGAGAAUAUUAAUAAUCAUGGAAGGAGGGCUGAGGUGCAGGGACUGUGGUCUCUCCUGGGGCUCAGCACCCUCCUGGCCUUUCAGCCAGGCUGAUGCCCACACCCCUUCUGGGCCAGGCACCACCCCCAACCCCGCUGUCCUGGUGGUCCCGGACCUCUGUAAUUUUAUAUAGACUUUGAGCUGCAACCCCAUAUAUUUAAUUUAUUUUGUUAAACAUGAAAGCACAUCCUUGCCCUCUA